ACUGGUGACUCGUCCACCAUUGGUGUCGGUUUACGAGAAUUUGACCCUCCCUACCAUUGUGUUACCCUGGCCCAGGGUUUUUUUUAUACCCUCUGGCUCCAGGGUACCAUUGUGUACGCGACUCUUGUUAAACAAGUCGUGACUUAUUUCGUCUAAAUGUCGCUAAAUUUUGUAGUUUACGUAAACGUCAAGAAGAAUGGAAAACUGAGGAAGAAGACAGAAUAAGGAACACGCCCGAUCCCAGCAUUCCACCGGGGCAUACACUCAUGCCACGUGAUGAACGACUGCAGACCUUGGAUCUUCUCAAGAAAAGUAAGAAUGCUGGAUCACUUCAGAAUCACAGAAUACGUUGUUGUCUCACAUUCUUUCACUAUAAAUAUUUCUCAUCAAAUUUAAAAACGCCCUCUGACCAAUUGUGUAAUUUUUAUUUUUGAGCUUUUUGCUACCCGUCUAUAUAAGCCUGGUUGACACUAUCAAAGUUCCUGUGAUCACAGUAGGAAUUUUUUAUCGGUAAAUUCUAAGUUUUGAAGGAUUUGUAAGAGGUGUUUGAGGAAACUGACCUAGUUGCUUGCAAUGUUACUCUGAGUGUAUAUCCACACCGGGCAAGCUUGAAAAAUAUGCCUGACAGAGCAUUGGGCUAGUAUUCCAAAGGUCGUAGGUUCGAUUCCCACCGUGGUCACACUCAGAGUAACAUCACACACAUCAUAUUCACCUGAGUACAUUACACCAACUUUGAUAGUGUCAACCAGGUUCUACUGGCUAGCAUGGCUGGCUGGCUAGGCUGGCUAGCUAGGGUGGCUAGCAUGGCAGGCUGCCUAGCUACUAGCUAGGCUGGCUGUACUGGCACGAACAGGCUAGCAUAGAUGUAUAGCAUACACAAACGACGUUCGUUCCUUGCAAAUCACUUCAUUGAUUACCCUGUGUGCUCAUAUCACAUUUUUCUUGUAGAACAAAAAGAGAUGACAAGAGAGCUGAACUCGCUGCCAGUGAGCUGUGACACCUGCGGAUAAAGCAAAGAAAAAUGGACCUGGAAAAUAAACUAAGAGAGAUUGAGAACGCGUUAAAAAUAUUUUCAAGACCCAAAGUUUUUGUAAAAAUAGAUUCAUGACACGCGAAUGAUCGGAGCAGCAGGCUUGAAAGAGACUUGUCGAAGGGCAGAAAAGCUCCUUGCUUGUAAAAGAAAGCAUAGUACCGAAAUAUGAACAGUAGAGAAUUAUAAAUUAACAAACAAAGGACAACCCAGCUGUGUUAGUAAACAGGAAAAUUAAAGUGGUGUACAUAGGCUAAUAUACCAAAUGUAAUUUUUGCAUUUUUUGUAUCUAUACAGUCUAAAAUUACAAGAAAACAGAUUAUAUUUUGUAAAACGAAAACCUUCAUCAGGAGUCUCUAUUGCAUGUUCCUUUAUUCUUUUUUGGUAUAGUCCUACACGUGUAUAAAGUCUCUCAGUUUGUGAACAAGAUGUGUUGGCAGACUGCUUGUUCCCAGUUGUUAACAAGUCUGAGACAAGUUGUUAUCAUCUUGUAACAAGGUUGAUGAGGCCAACAGACUCGCAACAAGUUAUUCCAACAAGUCUGACAUCGUCUGCACGUAACAAGUCGAUAACAAAUUGAUGACAACAAGCUCGUAGCAAAUUGUUUUUUGGGUGUUUUUUUUUUUUAUUUUACUAUUUGUUAUUAUUUUUGUUAUUUAUUGUUACGAACAGUCUGUAUUAGUCUUGUUGGGACAACUUGUAGCAAGUCUGUUACCGUCAUCAACCUUGUAACAAGGUGAUAACAACUUGUUCCAGACUUGUCACAACAACUGGGAACAAGCAGUGCGAACACAUCCUGAUAUUGGCUUCACAACAACCUUGUUACAACUGUUUGCAGAUCUGUGACAACUUGUGCAUUUUAACGUAUGUACAAGGGGCCUCGCCCUGGAUCCGCACGUUUGAAAACGAUAGAGCUUUAGAAAUUAUCACGAGUUACCACGACUACGAGCUUCGUGGACUGCGCAUGCUCACCUUCUUCACACGCUUGUUUUACUACGAGACAAAGAUCAAUCAAUAUGGCAACGGCUCAGGUAGCGCCGUUCUCAAGACAUGCUUGCCUUGCAUAUAUCUAACUUAACAUUCGUAAAAAAUAUUUCCACUAUUUUGUUUACCAUCUCUAUUAUCGGUUGCUAAGUUUGGACAAAGCGUCGUGUGUGGUAACUAGUGUGUAAAGCUAUUUAGCUGCUUAAAAAAAAACACACUUGGCCUUUUAUGUAAAGCUAUUUAGCUGCUUAAAAAAACAACACACUUAGCCUUAUGUAAAGCUAUUUAGCUACUUAGAUCGCGCGAGAAAGUGCAAUUAAGUCAGCUUAGAGUUGCCAAAUCACAAGCAGGUAUCCGUGAUCAAUUAAAGGCACGUGGACCACUUAGGCAUGGGUAAUAGUGAAUUUCAGCAAGCAGAAAACAGGAAAUGCUGAAAUGGACAGGGCAGGAAAUGCUGGUCAACUUCACAACUGGUUUAACCUGAUUAAAUAGAAUAUCGAAAAUCCGUCUGAAACGUUUCCCGAAAAUUAACAUGAACACGUUUCAAAGGAAUUUGCCACAAAGACCAUUAAGGCCAUUAUGUAAAAUAUAGUUCACAAAUUAACAAACUUAAUGGGAAUAAUGGCAACUACCAAUUGGCAAUAAUUGUUUGGUAAACAGUUUGGUUUGAUGGUAAAGAAUUUCACGAGAGCAAAGAUGGUUAGUUAGUAUUAUUUAUAUUCAUUUUAUAUAUCAAUCCAGAAUCCAUUUAUUUCAUCUUAUUUUGCAAGACCAUACAAUUUGAAGUAUUAAAUUCAAUAAAAUGAAAUAAGUUAUCUUUCAUUGGAAUUGGUAACCACAGAAUGUUACCAUGCUGUAUUUGAAAGCCAAGAUAUGAAAAAUGUAAAUCACUUAUUGACCGCCAAAAAGAUUAUGAAGUGUCAUAGAUAAUAUGCUGCCCAGGAAACAUACUUGAUAGAGUUUACGCCGGAAAUAUGAAAACAAAUACUUGCAAAAAAGCUUUGUGUUCAUUGUCCAUAUAUCACGUACGAAGCAAGUCCAGCACAAAAAUGCGGUUUACGCUAUAUUCUAUUUAUUCAUGGUUGCAUUCUUGCAUAAAAUUGCUCUAUAGAAAUGCUGACGUGCGCUCAUACGCAUGAACUAGAAUCAGAGCAGCAUGAGACAUCUAUGACAAGAUAUUGACAUAUUUAGGAAGUCGAAGACCCUAAAAUUGCUUGAACCGUCCAAUUGCUGUUCUCUAUUACUCUGGGAAAGUUGCCCUUAGCAUCGCUUGGCGAAAAACACUGAAUUAUUUAAGUCACUUUCGUUGUGGUACAAACAGUUUCUAUAACGAAUGACCAUGCAUAUAUAAAAUAAAUAUAGAAUAUGUUACUUUUGAGUAUCCGCGAUUAAGAGAGGAAAAAGGCAGAUAGCUGAUAAGAGCAUGCUAUGUUAAUGUUUCGUCAAGCCAUAAAGCAAUGAAGACUGCCUCGUGCCUAACAAACAAGUGUCAUUAUACUGGAUUGAAAUUGAUAUGAUAACAACUGCAUAAUCGAUACAUUGUAUCAACUCAAGUAGCCAACCAGCUCAUGACUUAAUGAAAAAUUCCAAAUUAACUUUGAGGCAAAGAGUUACAGGAAAUAGAACCUGCAAAGUCUUUGUUCAACAUCUACCUCGUUAUUCGUCCUGUCCGAAGUUAUGAAAUUUCAUCUAGAAAUUAUUUAUGCUUGCAGUUAUUAAUUAAAUGAUUUUGCUUCAGAACGGCUAAAUGUGCUACUAUAACAAUUCACACAAAAGGACGCAAUUUAAAGUUUGGAGAAUUAGAAAUUAAUUAGCAUUAAAAAGACUGGCUUAGCCUCUCAAACAUGAAAGCAUUUGGUAUUUAAUAAACGCCGGUUUAAGUGAGAUCUUUUUGGCACGAAACUAUUGAAAAAUGUUUUCCUAACGAAUAAAUGAGCAAAAACACCCUCUGUAAUGUAACAAAAACGUGUUAGCCUACGAGUCAGGUUCGAUAAAUAAUAUUUCAAUGGGGGAUGCUUUUUUUUUCUUAAACCCUCUGUUUUUUCUAAAUUCUAUUUUGAAAACAUAAGCACAUGCUAGGAAAUAUAUUGAUUUUAUCACAAAUUACUUUUAAAUAUAAAAAGCAAAGCAAAACAUAGCAAAGUAUUGUUUGAAAACUUUAUCGAAACAUAAAAUGUCUAUUGUUUUCGGUUUGCAAUUUUCAUGUUGUCUUACAAUUGUAUUUUAUCUUUUUUUCCAAAAUAUAUCUGUUUUAAAAUAAAGAUUAUUGUAUACAAAUCACAGAAGACUACACUAUUUCAUUGUAAGGGGGUGAUGUUUUUAUAGAAAUGUGUGAAAUUGGAAUGAAGGGAAACGCCUUGACGUAACAGAUGGAAGCCAAGAACUGUAGCUCGUCAACAACUGUCCAGCUCAAUACAGAAUAUAAUGCAGGGACUUAUGAUGGCUACAUGUGUUCCUUUGUUAAAACACGCUUUUAAAACACAAUUAACCACAUGUUUUAAAGUUUUAAAAAUAUACUCGAUGCCGUUAUUUUCCAAAGGUUAGUGUAAACAGCGCGUUCACCAUGUUAAACUCAUAUUUCACCUUGAAAACCAUUCCACAAUGAUAUGUGACAACUCACACUUGUUCCAUGGAAGUUGUAUGCCAUAAAUAUAACACAAUUUGUUAAAAUAAGACCGUGAGAACUUUGAACAAUAUAAAACAAGCUGUCCUCUCUAAUUGUUAAUCAUACUACCCCAAUUAUUAUGUUUUUUGGUCAAAACUAAGGGCAAUAGAGACCCUGAUAUUUAUUCAACAUCAAAUUGCAUUCAAGAUCAAAUUUCCAAGAGAACAUAUGCUUAUCUUGGAUCUAAUAGUGUCACACAAAUAGCCUGAGGUAUUAAUUGGCUGGCAAGGCUAAUUGAAAUGGAGUCUUAACAUUAAGAAAAGGAAAGGAUGUCUCUUCUGAGACAAUACGAUAUUAAAACUGGGAGGGGCUACAACAGAUGGAUCAAGGUUAUGGGACCGUUUCCGUAGUCGCCUCCUGGCAAUUUCUUAUCUCUCCUCAAACACACAUAUGUUUCACGCACAAGACAUCGAAACAUGUGACUUCAUGUCUUUUCAUUCAUUGUGGAUAAUACCUUCAGUCUUUAUUACGCAUGCGCUGGAAAGGGAUUAGAGACAUGUCAUAUUCUUAAAUCAGAAACAGUGUAGCGACUCUGCGUAGAACACUUUGGCUAAGUGGUCUCAAGAGCUACGUUGACUGCCUUACCUUCCUGGAAAACUGUUUGUAAUCUUUUAAGGUAAGUUUGAUUUUGAAAUAUUGCAUACCAUAAAUGUUGGUUGUGGAGUUUCAGUCCAGAUAGCGAUAACUGAAUAUAUACAGGAAUCAUCACAAGACCAGACUCCCUGAAAAAAUUAACGAAAACUUCGACCUGUCGAUACCCAGACGAUGGCCCCACACCUGAAACGUCGCAUUUCUUGUUCAGGUAGUUUAAUCCUUCAAGUAUAUCUACCUUUAAUGUCAUUUUCUACAGAAUUUCUUCUAUUAAUUAAGGAAUAGGUUUCGAAUUACUUUAAAAUACAGUUAUUUGGAAGCAUAUACAGUACUUGUUUUCAAGUUUUUUUGAAGUAUAUUAGUAGCUUUUUCCAAAGCUACUGUCUAUGAUAAUUCGAAGAUGCACAUUUUCCCUUUUCCAAAAAUGAUACCUAAUUAUGCUAUGCCAUCCCUCAUAGUGUUUCCACGUGUGCCUUGAGAACUUGCGCUAUAUUGGACUGUUAUAUUGGUUUUAUCGCUGCGUCUGACGCCUGGUAUCUGACCCAGACAGAGAACAAUCACGUGCGCAAGCUCUGGGAACAUAUUCAUUCAAGCCAUUUACUGUCAGUCGAGCACGUGCCCAUGACAUAAAAAGCGCGCGUUUUAAUCAUUCCGCCUUCAAUGUUGUUUGUUGUAGCUGCGCGAGGCUGACAGAGGUCAUCAUCUGAAGACGCAAGGUGUUUGCAAUGGAAUCACUUCAUGGGCAAGGUAGGAGGAAGACAAUUUAUUCAACCGAUAAGAACAGUAACUUUUGAAAAACUUGAGAACUACUUAAAACGUCUGUAAAUCUAAAUAUCCUGGGAGGAAUUCUUCAAAUAUUUCAUGCACAGAGUGUGUAGUUAUAGAGACUCGUAGUUAGAUUAUUUGGAAACAUUUGCGCACUAUUGUAAUUUUGACUUUUAUGGAUCUACCUUUCAGAAUAUCGUGUAUGAGUCUAUCUGAGUCACAAAAAUAUUUUUCUAUAGUGAAGUCUCGAUAGUUCAGAUUCUUUAAAAUAGAUUUAUUGAGCUAACUUGAUGAGUGAAUGAGUGAUCGAUUUCAAGAGGGAUUAAAUAAAAUGACGAGUAUUUCAAGUAUUUGUUAAGGAAACGCUUAUUUAUGAAAAUAGGAUUACUCUAUAGUGAGUGAGUGAGUGAGUCUAAAGUUGAGGUGUGAUCCUAAAGGUUUUAUGUGCAGUAUUUUCGGAACACAUUUCUGUACCCAGCAGUAUCGAUCAAUUUUGAUGUCCGUUUAUGGUUACUCUUGAUACCGGAGUAUAUAGACAUCUUGGACCUACUGACAUUUUAUUUGCCUUUUUUGACUAAAUUCUCACAAAACAUGUGACAGAUUACUUAAUUAAAAGUGACAACUGACAAAAUAUCUUAACCGAUAGCAGUCAAACAAUCGACCAGCAAUUUGGAAUCGACAACUGAUAUUUGGCUUGAUUCUUAGCUGACAACUGACACCAAAACAUAUCACAUCUAAUCUUGAGAAAGACUGCUGGUGUUUUGUGAUUUCUGUAUGAAGUUUAAUACUAAAAUUCCUUACAAAUGAAACAAGAGAAUUAUACAACAACCCUUACCACAGAAUAUUUACCAUGCUAAAACAACAACAUUUCCCAUACGACCUGUCCUCAACACAACAAGAAAUAAUGAGUCCAAUGUUUUAUUCUUCUGUAGCAUUACAGAGAGUAAAAAACCAAUAAUGUUUCGUGACCUUUUGUCAACGUAGGGACUGGCACAUGCCAAGGGCAAGGCAGAAGCACAUGCUCUCUGCUUGCAUGGAGUUGGUUAUAAACUCACUAUCACAAAAACAUUUCGGUUCCAUUAAGAGUAAACAAACCUCAACUGCGAGGAAUCCGAGGAUCAUGCAAGAGGUUAAAGUGACUGCACAGCGGGAAAAUAAUCUGAAAAUUAACAAGUUUUUAUUUCAAGCAGCACCCUGGAGUUCACGCAUGUCCGGCACCAUUGUACUUCAAAACUGAGCGCCCUGGGAAUCGGUUUGCGAAACAAUUGUAUAAAAUGCCAGCAUUGUUGCAUGACCACGUCCAAACAAAAAAAAUGAUAAAAUGAUCCACAAAAAGAAUUCAUAUUGCUACAGUGUUUAUACUAUAGGAUAUAUCUACGUCAUUGCAUGCGUACACCCUGUUAUUAACUGAUCUUGAGUUUGUAUGAAUUUAAAACAAGUUUACUCUUCUGGUAAUUGAUUGAGUCGAUUGAUCGUGAUAAAAUGAAACUUUAAUUCUCGUGUAAAGUUUAUCUGAUUUUGAAGACUAGUUUUUGUUCACUACAGCAAGUUAAUCUGGCCUAUAUUUUGCCUUUUGGCAAUGAGAGAGUUUUCACGUUUCCAAGUGUUGCCAACUAUUUUUGCCCACAACAAUUGUUACGGUAUAAAUGAGUAGGAGAUGAAGAAUAGAACUGAUAGAGCUAUCCAAAAUUUAGAAUCCAUCUUCUAUAACUCCUGACUAAGGGAUGACCCUUUAGGAGAGCAGUUUUGAUAGAAAUGUUAGGAUUAUGAUUUAAUAAACCAUAGUUAAGUUUUAUUGUUCAUUUGAAUUCAUUUUUAUCUCUAUUAACUGUAGCGGUUCGUGUUGAUAUAUCAGUGGCGUUCAAACCUGAACUAAGCUCAGAAAAUGACGAAAUGUUUACCAACGAAUUCUUGGCAGCAUUCCCUACGAAACAUAGCUGUUCUGCUCAACAGAAGGACGCUAGAAAACGCACAAACAUUUCAAAAAUAAAGACCACAAAUCUAGCAGAGAAAUCCCCAAGACAAGAAAGACGAAAUGCUCGAGAACGGGGACGCAAAGCAAGGCUAAAUGCUGCAUUCCAAGUUCUCAGAAGCAUGGUACCUCAUGAGUUGAACUCCACACAAGAACAAAGAAAAUUAACGCAAGUCGAAAUUCUUAGACUGGCUAAAAACUAUAUUUGUUCGUUGACAACGAUAUUACAAACUUGUAAUGAUAAUAUUGCGGUCAGCUAUAGGCAGGAUCCUAGCUUCUGUGCAGCCAAUUUCUUUGCAAACAUGAAUUAA